UAGCUGCAAUAGACAUGCGUUCAGCGUUCCAUCGUCUUUAUACAUAACAUGGAACGCUUCGUACGCGGAGCUUAUUUCGGCUUUGCAUCGAAUCCCUCUUCAUGUGAAGACAUGUGACACGCUAGUGCAAUAAAUCUUUUUAUAAUUUGUCGUCAGCGUGAACGAUACGUAUAAAUGAUAUCUACAAGGAAUUAAUAAUUACACAAGAAUGACGACUGAAAUAAGAGAAGUGCAAGUUCUGCAAAAGAUAGCUUGUCACACUAGCGAUGUAACAACUGUUGAUUUUGCUGGUGAUUGCGUGUUAAUAACUGGAUCGGGGGACAAACGUAUCAGAGUUUGGCAAUGGAAAGUGGGUGCGGGAUAUGUGGAAGCACACUUUUCCCCAUUGCAAGGGCAUAAGUAUGGUGUUACAUCAGUCAAAGUCAGCCCGCAAUCAACGAUGUUAGCGUCAGCUAGUAUAGACGGGACGACGUUACUUUGGAAUUUACGGACAGGUGCAAAAAUUCAUACCAUGGUUCAAGUGGGUGGCGAAUCUGUGAGGGUAUGCAGGUUUUCGCCAGAUUCAACUUUACUCGUGACUGCUGGUGACAACGGGCAAGUCUGCGUUUGGGAUUUAAUUCGACGCAAUUUAAUCAGAUGCUUUCAAAAGCACGACGGUGCAGUGCAGAGCGUAUGUUUCUCACCGGAUUCCAGUUGGUUAAUUACGAGUUGCACUUUCGGCGUGUUAAAAUUAUUCUCGGUUGCUGAUAUCGUCGACUCGUGCCUCUCCGACAGCCAAGCCAUCCCUGCGUUAGCUUGGAUGGACGAUGCCCACGAUCUAGGCGUCGUGUCCUGCGACUUUUCAAAUUCCCAAGAAAUUACAAGUAACGAACCGUUCACCAAGUUGUAUCAACUGGUUACUUGCGGUAACGAUCAUAACGUUAAAUUGUGGGAGGUAACUGUGAUACAAUCGAAAUGCGAUACAUCACCGUCCACUGCCAAAAUAAGCCUGAGCAGAAUCAUGGAGAAGCACAGUAGUGCCUUAACUUGUGUUCGUUUUGCCACAAACGGAAUGUACAUCGCUAGUAGCAGCCUCGACAAAACAGCGGUGAUCUGGGAAACGAUUUCCGGAAGAGUAAUCGCGAUAAUUCCGGGUCAUAACAGAUAUGUUGCGUGUUGCGCGUUCUCCAGAGAUGGAAACUUAUUAGCGACAGGUUCCAAUGACAAAUCAGUGAUUGUCUCGGAUCUUACAGGGAGCUUAAGCUUUGAUUCCGAACUUGCGCGACGAUUUGUGCCUGCCUUAUUCCUUGACGAUGCUGAACGCAGUACUGCAUAUGAGCAAAAUGUAAUGAAGAACGCGGAGACAUCUCGGAACGACGUACAAUUAAUUCAAAGAUUAGAAGACCACACUGGCGUAGUAAAUAGCGUAGCUUUCUACGGAAAUCAUAUGAUCGCUUCUGGAUCUGGGGACAAAUUGGUACGAAUUUGGAACAUUGAAGUUGAGGAAGAAGAAGGCACGGAAUCUAGUUUAAGAUUUCAAGAGAAAUCAUUCAGUCCACUGGACGGUCAUAAAUAUAGUAUAAAUCAUGUGGAGUUUAGCCCUUGUGGUCGUAUGCUUGCCUCUUGCUCGUUAGACGGCACGACUAUCAUUUGGGAUACAGAGAAUGGCUCUCAAGCAAAAUCGUCUUUCAUGAAUUUGGGUUCUGGAAUUCGGGUCUGCCGGUGGUCACCCGAUGGCACCAAGAUUGCCACUGCUGGAGACGAUGAACGGACGACUUUAUGGAACGUGGAUAAUAUGGAGGAGAUUUGUGUUCUAAGGGGCCAUUCUGAUGCGGUGAACGCGAUCGCUUUCACUCACGAUUCUCGUUACUUGGUCACUGGUUGCAACGAAGGCACCUGGAGAUUAUUCGACACAAUUGAUGAUAAAUAUUUUACAGCAUUAAUGACGUGCGAGGAAGCGCACGACUUGGGAGUUCAAGGGUGCGACUUCAGUCCAACGUCUAAUUUUGCUGGAAAAUGGGAAAACACUAGCAACGCAAGCCAAUCUUACCUUCUUGCAACUGGCGGUAACGACUCGUUGGUUAAACUGUGGCGAAUAACAAUUUUCAAGGAGAAUGAAAUCGUGACAGGCGGAAGUAGCAGCAACGAUACGCGAUAUGAAGAGAAAAGAUCGUUACCUGGACAUGGUGGCAACGUCACUUGCGUACGGUUUUCUCCAACGCAAACUGAGAUUUUAGGUAGCGUAGCUACCGAUAGAACGGCACGCAUAUGGAGCGUAUACACUGGGGCAUGCUUGUACGUGCUAGAGGAACACGAGAGUCUUGUAACGAGUUGCGCUUUUUCAGAAGAUACAUCGCUCUUCAUAACAGGUGGUCUAGAUAAAACCGUUCUAGUGUGGAAUGUACCACAACAUAUAAUUUCGCAGAACAUACUAAUGAACAAUCUCAAACAUAAUAGGAAAAAGGUUGCGGACUGGAAAGUCGAUGAUACUGUGAAAUGGAUAGACGAAAUAGGGUUGUCGAUAUUAAUAAAGAAAUUUUAUGCGGCUUCCUUGACAGGGAGACAGUUGCUUACCUUAUCGGAGGAUAAAUUAAUCAAGAUAUUGCGAAUAGAAGACGAUGAUGAGACAACAGAAGUUCUCAAAACGCAAUUAUACUGGUUGAAGCGUGAAGACAGUAACAUGGUAGAUAUUCCCAUAGACGAUACCGAAAUUCCUCACGAGUUUCUAUGUCCCAUUACGCAUGAAGUAAUGAGAGAACCGGUGCAAUGUUCUGAUGGAUUUACGUACGAAAAGGCAGCUAUAAACGAAUGGUUUCUGUGUGGAAAAUAUACUAGUCCGAUGACGAACAAAUCUCUUCAGGAUACUUCGUUCACUCCGAACGUAACAUUGAGAAAUGCGAUAUAUACGUUUCUCCACGGAAAUCGACCACAGCCUUAAGCAUCUUUCGGAUGUUUCUCUUCUUUUUAUUUAUACUUACAUUGCAUAUUCACUUUUCGAUGAUUGUUAUGAACACGAAUUUUAAUUCUAUGAAAGUACAAAGAGAAGUUUAUGAACGUUUUGUACAUAUCUAUUAAUAAACGUAUUCAUUACGAACAAA